UCUCAGCUCCUGUCCGCUCACACAUGGAGGGGCAGUUUAGGUGGCUCCUGAGCUGACCUGGGAGGCCACUGUGGGUCUAAGAGGUAGUGGGGUGAUGCCUAUGCACACACCUGGGAUCGCCCUGUCGUCCUGGUGCCUCCCGUGUCCCAGCCAUGAGCAGCCCCCCAGCUUACCCUGGCAUCAGGAUCUCAGGGUGCUGGGCCCUCAGAGCGGAAGGCAGCAAUGCUGAAUCCUUGGACAGGCUCCUCCCUCCUGUGGGAGCCGGGCGCUCGCCCCGGAAGCGCACCACCAGCCAGUGCAAAUCUGAGCCGCCCCUGCUACGCACCAGCAAGCGCACCAUCUACACGGCAGGGCGGCCACCCUGGUACAACGAACAUGGCACGCAGUCCAAGGAGGCCUUCGCCAUCGGCCUGGGAGGCGGCAGUGCCUCCGGGAAGACCACCGUGGCCAGAAUGAUCAUCGAGGCCCUGGAUGUGCCCUGGGUGGUCUUGCUGUCCAUGGACUCCUUCUACAAGGUGCUCACCAAGCAGCAGCAGGAGCAGGCUGCCCACAACAACUUCAACUUCGACCACCCAGACGCCUUCGACUUCGACCUCAUCGUCUCCACUCUCAAGAAGCUGAAGCAGGGCAAAAGCGUCAAGGUGCCCAUCUACGACUUCACCACCCACAGCCGGAAGAAGGACUGGAAAACACUCUACGGUGCAAACGUCAUCAUCUUCGAGGGCAUCAUGGCCUUUGCUGAUAAGACACUGCUGGAGCUCCUGGACAUGAAGAUCUUUGUCGACACGGACUCGGACAUCCGCCUCGUGCGGCGGCUACGCCGGGACAUCAGCGAGCGGGGCCGGGACAUCGAGGGUGUCAUCAAGCAGUACAACAAGUUUGUCAAGCCCGCCUUUGACCAGUACAUCCAGCCCACCAUGCGUGUGGCCGACAUCGUUGUGCCCCGGGGCAGUGGGAACACAGUGGCCAUCGACCUGAUCGUGCAGCACGUGCACAGCCAGCUGGAGGAGAGGAAGCUGCGCUGGGAUAUGGCUGCGCUGGCCUCGGCGCACCAGUGCCACCCGCUGCCCCGGACGCUGAGUGUCCUCAAGAGCACGCCGCAGGUGCGGGGCAUGCACACCAUCAUCAGGGACAAGGAGACCAGCCGGGAUGAAUUCAUCUUUUACUCCAAGAGGCUGAUGCGGCUGCUCAUUGAGCACGCCCUCUCCUUCCUGCCCUUCCAGGACUGCGUCGUGCAGACCCCGCAGGGGCAGGACUACGCGGGCAAGUGCUACGGCGGGAAGCAGAUCACCGGCGUGUCCAUUUUGCGGGCCGGCGAGACCAUGGAGCCAGCGCUGCGGGCCGUGUGCAAAGACGUGCGCAUCGGCACCAUCCUGAUCCAGACCAACCAGCUCACCGGGGAGCCCGAACUCCACUAUCUGCGUCUACCCAAGGACAUCAGCGACGACCACGUGAUCCUGAUGGACUGCACUGUGUCCACGGGCGCUGCGGCCAUGAUGGCCGUGCGGGUGCUCCUGGACCACGAUGUGCCCGAGGACAAGAUCUUCCUGCUGUCACUGCUCAUGGCGGAGAUGGGCGUUCACUCGGUGGCCUACGCCUUCCCGCGAGUGAGAAUCAUCACCACGGCGGUGGACAAGCGCGUCAACGACCUGUUCCGCAUCAUCCCCGGCAUCGGGAACUUCGGUGACCGCUACUUUGGGACCGACGCGGUCCCCGAUGGCAGCGACGAGGAGGAAGUGGCUUCCACGAGUUAGCCGCCCCCAGGCUGAGCUUCCCCCACCAGCCUCCCCACCCCACCCCCAGGCUCUUGGUCCUUGCUUUCCAGUACAGAGACGUUAACUUAUUUUAAUUAAAAAAGAUG